GCACGUUAGCCUGCAAUCUCGACGAUACGGGUACAAUAUCGAGGCGAUCUGCUCCUAAAAAGUCAUUCCCGACCGGGCUGUUCGUUCAGUUGCUUCUAAGCUUUCGCGCAUUGUUUACGUUUUCGCGACAUUUUCCCCCCGCAACGGAAAGUGAUUAGGUAGCUGGGCGCGCAAAGCGUGGUCUAACGAAAAUGCUUCUGGCAGUAGUUGCGCUUGUGUGGAUUGUUGGGCUCGGCAUCUAUUUGCAUCGAAAGUUUGCCGAUGCCCUGUAUUAUGCGGCCAAAAUCGGAGGACCCAAAGGUUAUCCGUUGAUCGGAAAUGCACUGCGGUUCGUUAACAAAACUCCCGCCGACUUCUUUCUAGCGAUCAGUGACGUCAUUAAGGAAUCGGGGAAAUGCUUCCGCCUCUGGCUGGGGCCAGAUUUGCUGAUCAUCGUGACCGACGCCAAGGUCGCCGAGGGUCUUCUGAACAGUCCGAAGUUUAUCGAAAAGUCUGCCGAGUACGACUACAUUCGUCCUUGGCUGGGCGAAGGACUUCUUACUAGUGGUGACAAAAAGUGGUUCACAUUUCGGAAAAUUAUUACUCCAACCUUCCACUUCAAGAUCCUGGAUGAGUUUGUGGAAAUAUUCGAUCAACAAAGCAAUAUCUUCAUUGACCAACUGAAACCCAAGGCAGAAAGUGGGGAAUCAUUUGAUGUGUUUCCAAUGGUGACGUUGUGUGCGUUGGAUGUGAUCUGUGAAUCGGCUAUGGGAACAAAGGUGAACGCACAGAAGAACUCCGAUUCCGAUUAUGUAAAGGCCGUGAAAGAAAUUUCAUUUAUCAUCCACGUCCGUAUGUACGACGUGUUCUCUCGAUAUAACUUUUUGUUUAACAUGUCCUCAUACCGACGAAGACAGGACAAAGCCUUGAAGAUUCUCCAUGGCUUCACUAAUAGCGUGAUCCAGUCGAGACGAGCUACGAUAGCACAGCAAGGCAAUAAGAAGGCUGAUGAUCCGGACAACGAAGUUGGAGUUCGUAAGAAGAUUGCUUUCCUGGACAUGCUACUGCAAGCGACGAUCGAUGGUCGACCGUUGACGGAUUUGGAGAUCCGUCAGGAAGUCGAUACGUUUGUGUUCGAGGGUCACGAUACGACAACUUCGGCUAUCAGUUUUCUACUGUAUCGUUUGUCCAAACAUCCUGACGUUCAGCAGAAAGCAUACGACGAAAUAGUGUCUGUCAUUGGAGAUGAUCGGAGAAGUCCUAUGAAUUUAACCCAGCUCAACGAGUUGCGGUAUCUUGAACUCGUGAUCAAGGAAACUCUUCGUCUCUACCCAUCAGUGCCAUUCUUCGGUAGGAAAAUACUGGAAACUAGUAAAAUUGAGGGAAGAACUAUUCCGGCUGGAACUAGUGUCGUUGUAGUGCCAUUCUUCAUGGGUCGUGAUCCGGAGUACUUUGACGAUCCAUUGGAGUUCCGACCGGAGCGAUUUGAUGUUGAGUCAUCUGCGGAGAAAACCAAUCCUUACCGAUACAUCCCGUUCAGUGCGGGUCCUAGAAAUUGCAUCGGACAAAAGUUUGCCAUGGCGGAAAUCAAGAGCCUUAUAAGCAAGGUGUUGAGAAAUUACGUCGUACUGCCACCGGAGGGUGGACAUAGCCAGGAAGAAUCAUUCAUUGCUGAGAUGAUCCUGCGGCCGACUUAUGGCAUUCCGAUACGGUUGAGGGAGCGGAAGUGAUAAUGUUAUUUGUUCCUUUGCGAUGGUUGUGAUCUUCGUAUGCCCGUGUAAAUCAACUACGGUUAAGGGAUUGUUGUAUUAGUGUGAUUGCGGCAAACAGAUAACAUUGUUAGGUUUUUAUUGCCUUUUUUGGCAAAAGAUUAUUUAGAAAAAUAUUGACUGAGAGAAGCGGUUGGAGUGAAAUUGUUUUAAAUAGAUUGUGAUUAUGGCAACCAUA